UUAGCUUAAGUAUUACUCCACUUUUCAUGUUAUUAACACAACGUUAACAACUUCUUCUAUAUAUAUAAGGAGGGUCAAAACUCAAUGCCUUUCUCUCAAUUUCAAUUUCACUCUUCACAUAAAAAUAAUCAUGUAUUUCCCUUCUCAAUUCGACUACAUGCAGAAACAGACCGAUAUGCAUCUCCGAGCAUCGAUACAUAAACGGACCGACAUGCAUCUCCGAGCAUCGAUACAGAAACAGACCGAUGUUUCUACGAUGCUCGCAAAGCAUGUAUUCUUUACCAAAUUUGAAUCCACUGAAUCCAACCCCAACGACGCAAACAUGGUGUUUUCCCCACUCUCCAUUCAAAUAGUUCUCGGACUUAUUGCUGUUGGUUCAAGUGGUGAUACAUUGGAACAAUUGUUGAGUUUCCUCAAAUUCAACUCUGUUGAUGAACUUAACUCUGUUUAUUCUCGGAUUAUUACCAAUGUGUUAGCCGAUGGAAGUACAAUGGGAGGUCCUCGUUUGUCCGUUGCUAAUGGCGCUUGGAUUAAACAAACUCUGGAUUUUAAUCCUUCUUUCAAACAAGUUAUGGACAAUGUUUAUAAGGCUGCUACUGCUUCUGUUGAUUUUCAGAACAAGGCUGAUGAAGUUGCCGCUGAAAUUAAUAAGUGGGCUGAAGAGAAAACGAAUGGUCUGAUAAAAGAGAUUCUUCCUCCUGGUGUAGUCGAUGCCGGGACAAGGCUGGUCUUGGGGAGUGCACUAUAUUUCAAAGGAGCCUGGACUGAGAAAUUGGAUGCGUCAGAUACAAAAGACCACGAGUUCCAUCUCUUAAAUGUUGGAGUAUCUGAUCGAGCUCCCUUCAUGACUGGAGUAUCUGUUCAAGCACCCUUCAUGACCAGCAAAAAAUGGCAAUACGUGAUGGCGUAUGAUGGUUUUAAAGUGUUACGUCUUCCUUAUAAACAAGGUGAGGACAAGCGAUCUCUCAGCAUGUAUAUGUUUCUCCCAAAUGAUCGUGAUGGAUUACCAGCUUUACUGGAGAAAAUUAGUUCGGAACCUGGAUUC